UGCUCCGGGGGUGCCGGAGCUCCGCCCCCCGCCCCUCCCACCACCCCUCGCCCAACGGAGGCCUUAAAUCCGCGGGUGCCGGUAGGGGAGAGCCGUGGGCUCGGAGCGUGGGCGCGGCCGGCUCCUCGCACGGUCCGUUAGGUGGAGCAGCGGCAGCCGCUCAGCAGUCCGUUGCCGGCGAUGGAUGCUAAAAAGAAAAUCACAGUACCCCUUGUCUAUGCAGUUACCAUUGCUGCCAUUGGAUCUCUCCAGUUUGGGUACAACACUGGUGUCAUCAAUGCUCCUGAGAAGAUCAUCCGGGGCUUCUUCAAUGGAACCCUGUCAGAACGGAGUGGGAAGCCUCCCUCCUCAGAGCUCCUCACCUCUCUCUGGUCCCUUUCUGUGGCCAUCUUCUCAGUAGGAGGUAUGAUCGGCUCCUUCUCAGUCAGCCUGUUUGUCAACAGAUUUGGCAGGAGGAACUCCAUGUUAUUGGUGAACAUCUUGGCCUUUGUUGGUGGUACUUUCAUGGCCUUCUCCAAGAUGGCAAAGGCAGUGGAGAUGCUGAUUAUUGGCCGCUUUGUUAUUGGUGUCUUCUGUGGUCUCUGCACUGGCUUUGUGCCCAUGUACAUCAGUGAGGUCUCGCCCACCAGCCUCCGCGGAGCCUUUGGCACCCUCAACCAGCUGGGCAUUGUUGUGGGCAUCCUGGUGGCCCAGAUCUUUGGCCUGGAGGAAAUCAUGGGGACAGAACCACUUUGGCCACUGCUUUUGGGGUUCACGGUCCUCCCAGCGCUUCUGCAGUGUGUGGCUCUUCUUUUCUGCCCUGAGAGUCCCCGCUUCCUAUUGAUCAACAAGAUGGAGGAAGAGAAAGCUCAAGCAGUUCUUCAGAAGCUCCGUGGUACACAAGAUGUGUCUCAAGACAUCCGGGAGAUGAAAGAAGAGAGUACCAAAAUGUCCCAGGAAAAGAAAGCAACUGUGCCAGAGCUCUUCCGUUCUCCAAGCUACCGUCAAGCCAUUAUCAUUGCCAUCAUGCUGCAGCUCUCCCAACAGCUCUCAGGCAUCAAUGCUGUAUUCUAUUAUUCUACAGGGAUUUUUGAAAGAGCUGGUAUCACACAGCCUGUGUAUGCCACUAUUGGAGCUGGCGUCGUAAACACAGUCUUCACUGUUGUGUCGCUGUUCCUGGUGGAGCGUGCAGGGCGCAGGACUCUUCAUUUGAUUGGCUUGGGUGGCAUGGCUGUGUGUGCUGCUGUUAUGACCAUCGCUUUAGCUCUGAAGGACGCUGUGGGAUGGAUCAGAUACAUCAGCAUCAUUGCCACUUUUGGCUUUGUGGCUCUUUUUGAGAUUGGCCCUGGCCCUAUCCCAUGGUUCAUUGUGGCAGAACUCUUCAGCCAAGGCCCACGGCCUGCAGCCAUGGCAGUGGCCGGUUGUUCCAACUGGACUUCCAAUUUCUUGGUGGGAAUGCUUUUUCCCUAUGCAGAGAAACUGUGUGGCCCCUAUGUCUUCCUCAUCUUCCUUGUUUUCCUGGUCAUCUUCUUUAUCUUCACAUUCUUCAAAGUGCCGGAGACCAAGGGUAGGACUUUUGAGGAUAUCUCCAGGGGCUUUGAAGGACGAGCAGAAGCCAGCCCCACAUCACCUGUAGAGAAGAACCCCAUGGUGGAGCUGAACAGCAUACAACCUAACAAACAAGUCGCCUGAGAUUCAUGACACACCCCUUUGACUCUUGUAUGCUUUAAAGAGUCACAAAAGGAAUUGGCAAAGAGAACCAUGAGAACUGGGACAUUAACCUCCCCCCCUUCAGUUGCUGCUAUUUUCUUCUUUGUGCCCAUAUACCCACCUAUUUCACCAGGCUUACAAGUAUUAAGCAAAGCUGAUGGUGGUGGUCCCAUUUUCAAGUACUGGAAGGCACCUGGCACUUGGAAAAAUAAUUUCAUCUUCCCUGUCACAAACAUUGGGGGAGCAGAGAAGAGCUGGUGAUAUUAUUUUUUUUCUUUUCUCACCUUUAAUUGCUAUUUGGGGUUAAUACUUAAGCACGCAGUGACCAUUAUAUAUUUGAAUCUAGUUCCUAUUUUUUUAGUGAGUUGAAGUGAGCCACUAAGCAGGUCCCUGGCCCUUUGAGUCUAUUCUCUGUGUGUGUGUGCGUGUGUGUGUGUGUGCAGUGUUACACUGGAACUUAACAAGCCUACCAAAAAGCCAUCUACUUGCUUUUUCCUA